AUGGCCCCUGCGCUGGCCACCAGUUUCCAUGGGAUUUUACGUAGCACAGCGGCAGGGAUAAAAGCUGGCAGUAUCUGUGUAGCCUGCCCUUACUCCCCAACCAUUCCUUAUACCCCAGCUUUCAUGACAGCCGAAGAUGCUACCUCCAGUGUUCCGAGCAAAUGUGGCUCCUCAGCCCUCCAAAUGGGGCCUCAAAAAAAAGCCUCCUCAUCCGAUCUGCUUGUCUCCCACGGACGCCACUUUGGUCGAACAGUCUUCGCGCUCUGCAAUUACCCUUCCUUACUCACCAACGAUUCUUAUCCCGGCCUCCUUGAGCGACUCAAAGAUGGUUCAGAGGAGGAAAUCCUUCAUGUUGGAGAGCUUAUUGGCAAAGGAGCCGCAGGCGCCAGAGGCGAUCACACAAAGACAUUGAAAUCUGCGGUCCUUGAUUGGAUCUCCCCCAGGGGUGAAGCAAUACAGCCUCCAUUACAUAGGAACUCCAAGAUCGACCGCGGUUUCAACCAUGAACUCACCGGAUCUCUCCUCUGUCCUGCCGGGUUAGACUGGAAUAACCCUCGGAUGAAAGAGAACCUCCGAAGUGGUGAAAUGGUGAUCUGCGGGGACCAAUGGCCAAUUUUUUUGUACGCCAACCGCGUUUAUGACCCUGAAGACCCAUGGUGCGGUCUUCUCAGGAGCCACUUGCUAAUAUAUGCCUACAAACAUGUUUUCACGUCUCCAAGUUCGGUUGACAGGGAGCCGAAAGCCACACGAUCCGGAAACGCUCGCCUCCAUGGCAUGAAUUCGGUCACAAUAGCUUCCUUGGCUUAUAUCGCAACUCAGGUGCGAUUUGCCCUAAGCUCGUCCUCGGUGUUCUCGCGGACCGACACAACAACCGACUCGGAAACAUUUUACCAUAGUCUCCUUGACCUCUUGGAAGACCCGGAGGAAUGUCAGGAGGUUGAUGACCUGCUGACUUGGUGGAACCACCAAGUUUUUCCCGCCUCCUCUGCUGCCAAGAGACCUAUCAGCGCUAACAGCGCCUUAUCCAGGAUCUGA